GGCCGCAGCUCCCUCGCCUCGCCUCCUCCCGUGUUGCUUGCUCCGGCGAAACCCUUCGGCUUUUUCGUCUGCUUCUCGCGACGGUACGGAUUAGGCAAGGCAAGGCAUGGGUCAGUGUCUCGGUUUAGUGCAGAUUGAUCAGUCAAAUGUAGCCAUCAAAGAAACCUUUGGGAAGUUCAGUGGGGUUCUGGAGCCUGGGUGCCACUGCUUACCUUGGUGCUUUGGACAACAAAUUGCUGGUUACCUCUCGCUGCGUGUGAAACAGCUGGAUGUCCGCUGUGACACAAAGACAAAGGAUAAUGUGUUUGUAACUGUUGUUGCAUCUGUGCAAUAUCGUGCUCUCGCUGAUAAGGCAUGUGAUGCCUUCUACAAGCUAAGCAACACCAAGGGACAAAUCCAGUCGUAUGUCUUUGAUGUCAUUAGGGCUACUGUUCCAAAGCUGAACUUGGAUGAUGCAUUUGAGCAGAAGAAUGAUAUUGCAAAAGCUGUUGAGGAUGAACUUGAAAAGGCAAUGUCCACAUAUGGGUAUGAGAUUGUGCAAACACUGAUCAUUGAUAUCGAGCCUGAUGUGCAUGUCAAGAGAGCAAUGAAUGAGAUCAAUGCAGCUGCUAGGCUGAGGGUGGCAGCCAAUGAGAAAGCUGAAGCUGAGAAGAUACUGCAGAUCAAGAAAGCUGAAGGAGAGGCAGAGUCCAAGUACCUGGCUGGUGUUGGUGUCGCGAGGCAGCGUCAGGCCAUAGUGGAUGGGCUGAGAGACAGUGUGCUCGCCUUCUCGGAGAACGUCCCUGGGACUAGUGCAAAGGAUAUCAUGGACAUGGUCCUGGUUACCCAGUACUUUGACACCAUGAAGGAGAUUGGUGCCAACUCCAAAUCCUCUUCAGUGUUCAUCCCCCAUGGCCCUGGAGCUGUCAGAGAUGUCGCUGCGCAGAUAAGAGAUGGCCUCCUCCAGGCCAAUGCCCAACAGUAGAAAGGAUAUGCUUCUGUGUUGCAAUCAUUAUGAAUCAGACGAAUCACUAUCCUAGAAACAUAUUAUGUGAGAUGAAUGUCAGAGCAAUGGUUAAGUGAGAUAGUAUGUUUUAGGUCGUAUACUUAUUACCUAGAUUAGAUGGCUAUCUAGUGAGUCUUUCAUGAGUUGCAGCUCAUUACUUGUAUUUGUAAACCAAUUGUCAGACAUAUUAUCCUGGUUGGUAUCACUUGAGGUUCAGACAUAUUAUUUG